GCUUUUUUUGGGGUGUUUUUGAGGCUGUUUUGGGGUUUUUUUUGAGGCUGUUUUGGGUUUUUUUUGAGGCUGUUUUUGGGGUGUCUUUGAGGCUGUUUUGGGGUUGUUUCUGAGGCUGUUUUGGGGGGGUUUUGAGGCUGUUUUUUGAGGCUGUUUUGAGGUGUUCUUGAAGCUGCUUUUGGGGCUGGUUUUGGGUCUUUUUGAGGCUGUUUUUGGGGCGUUUUGAGGCUGUUUUUGGGGUGUUUUUGGGGUUUUUUUGAAGCCGUUUUUGGGGUAUUUUUGAGGCUGUUUUGGGGUAUUUUUAAAGCUGUUUUGGGGUGGUUUUGAAGCAGUUUUUGGGUGUUUUUGAGGCUGUUUUGGGGCAGUUUUGGGGUAUUUUUGAAGCUGUUUUGGGGUGUUUUUGGGGCAGUUUUGGGGUAUUUUUGAAGCUGUUUUGGGGUGUUUUUGGGGCAGUUUUGGGGUGUUUUUAAGGCUGUUUUUGGGGCAGUUUUGGGGUGUUUUUAAAGCAGUUUUGGGGUAGUUUUUGGGUGUUUUGGGGCAGUUUUGGGGUGUUUUUAAAGCAGUUUUUUUUGAGGAGGGGGUUUGCCGUUUCAGGGGGGUUUUUUGGGGGGUCCGGGGGGGCAGCGCGGAUGUCCCGGCCCGGGGGGGGGGGUCCGUAGGCUCGGGGGUCGCCCCGGGGUCCCGCCAUGGCCUCGGUGCCCGUGUACUGCCUGUGCCGCCUGCCCUACGACGUGACCCGGUUCAUGAUCGAGUGCGACGGCUGCCAGGACUGGUUCCAUGGCAGCUGCGUGGGGGUGGAGGAGGAGGCGGCGGCCGAGAUCGAUCUGUACCACUGCCCCCAGUGCGCCGUGCUCAGGGGGCCCUCCGUCAUGAAGCGGCGCCGUGGCCCCCCCAAGGCCCCGGAGCAGGACCCCGGGCGCCCGGCGAGGACGGGCAGUGCCCAGUUCAUCCGGGAGCUGCGGGGCCGCACCUUCCCCAGUGCUGACGAGGUGCUGCUGAAGCCCAGUGGGGCCCAGCUGACCGUGGAGUACCUGGAGGAGAACAGCUUCAGCGUCCCCAUCCUGGUGUCCCGGCACGAGGGGCUGGGCAUGACCCUGCCCCCCUCAUCCUUCACCCCCCGCGACGUCCUGCACCACGUCGGUGCCGAUAAGGUGGUGCCAGUGCUGGAUGUGGGGCGCCAG